AUGGAUGCCGGAUCCGACUCAGACGCGUCUAUAUUCGAUGACCCCAAUCCUGGUCUUCGUUCAAAGAACAAGGGGAAACAAAAGGCUGUGGAUGGAAAGAAAGACAAAUUAAACGACCGGGCUAAGGAGCAAGCCUACGCCUGGGAGGCGACCUAUACUCGCUCAUGGGAUGCUGUCCAAGAAGAUGAAGGCGGAAGCCUAACAGGGGCAGUCCAAGAGUUGAUGGCAAAAGGUCGAAGACGAAGACUCCUCGCGCCCGCCGCUGCUAUACGACGUACUAUCAUCCGACAUCUGGUCUUACUAUUGGACCUUUCGGCAUCGAUGAUGGAUCGUGAUUUGAGGCCGACAAGGUUUGACUUGUCGUUGGAGUAUGCGAGGGAGUUCGUUACGGAGUGGUUCGACCAGAACCCGUUGGGACAGGUGGGUGUCGUGGGCAUGAGGGCAGGGCUGGGCGAGAGGGUUGGCGAGAUGUCUGGAAACCCACAGGAUGUUCUGAAAGCGCUUUCUGAGCGCCACAAACUGGAACCGACUGGCGAACCGAGUCUCCAGAAUGCUAUCGAGAUGGCCCGUAGUAGCAUGAGCCACCUUCCAACACAUUCAUCUCGAGAAAUCCUUGUUAUUUUCGGCUCUUUGACCACCGUCGAUCCCGGAAAUAUAUAUGAUACAUUACAAUCGUGCAUCAAGGACAAGAUCAGGAUAUCAAUUGUUUCUCUCGCAGCUGAGAUGAAAAUUUGUCGCGAACUAUGUGACAAAACUGGAGGUCAAUUCGGCGUCGCGAUGAACGAAGGUCACUUCAAAGACCUUCUCUUCGAACUUAUCCCUCCACCUGCACAACGCGCUAUCGCUCGCACUACCGGAGGUCCAGGCGCAGCCAACCCCGCCGCAGACCUCAUGAUGAUGGGUUUCCCCACCCGCCUGCCCGACACCUCACUCCCAAGCCUCUGCGUCUGUCACGCAGAGCUUCGAAGCGCGGGGUUUUUGUGCCCGAGAUGCAUGUCGAAGGUGUGCGACGUGCCUACGGAUUGUGAUGUCUGUGGGUUGAUGAUCGUGAGCUCGCCACAUCUGGCGAGGAGUUAUCAUCAUCUGUUCCCGGUCAAGCCGUAUGCUGCCGUGUAUGUCGUUCUUAUCCAUUUUGUUCUCCACACCUGA